GGUGGAAGCCGGCGGGUGCCAGAGGGCACACAGGCGCUGCUGCCAAUACUACUGCAGUACUACGGCUUAGCGCGCGAUGGCUCGCGGGCAGACUGACAGAGCCGCGGACGCUGGCCCGCCGAGACGCUGCGCCCCUGCCCGCCCCAGCAGCCUCUCGCCUGGUGCCGCCGUGCGGGUCCCCAAGCUACCAGCUGCUCCACGCUCUGGGUUCGCCAUGCACUCCAGCGCCGUCCUGGCGUUCCUGCUGUGCGCCGGGCAAGUCACUGCCCUGCCUGUGAACAGCCCUAUGACUAAAGGGGACACCGAGGUGAUGAAGUGCAUUGUUGAAGUCAUCUCGGACUCCCUGUCCAAGCCCAGCCCCAUGCCCGUCAGCCAGGAGUGUUUGGAGAUCCUCCGGGGAGAUGAACGGAUCCUUUCCAUCCUGCGACACCAGAAUUUGCUGAGGGAGCUCCAGGACCUUGCUCUCCAAGGUAUUUCCCAGCCAUUGCACGCCAUUUUGGGGACCAAAGAGAGAGCACAGCAGCAGAAGAAGGACAGCAGCUUCGAGGAGGAGCUCUCAGAGGUGGUGGGGAACCGCGGCAACAAGGCCAAGCAGGAAGAGGUGACGGAGGAAGCAUCCCCCAAGGAGGCCAUGGAGCAAGGAGGGGACGCUAAGGAGGAGAAGAGCGGUGAAGCCAAGGAAGAAGCUGGGCCCCAGGCCCUCCCCGAGCCUGGCCGGGGGUCUGUGAUCUCAGGGAGCAAGCAGACCCCCAGCAAGGAGGAGGAGGAGGAGGAGGAGGAGGAGGAGGAGGCGGCACCCAACACCCAGCCGCCAGCCAGCCUCCCCAGUGAGAAACACCCAGACCUGCAGCCUGCAGGGGACACUGAGGGCCCUGCGCAGGUUCUAGAGGCCAGUGAGGAGGGCCAGGGCGCACAGCAAGAGCGGCCGGCAAAGAGAGAAGAGGAGGAGGAGGACGAGGAAGAGGCUGGAAAGAAGGCUGUGCCUGGGGAAGAAGACCCCACUGCAGCACUGAACUCCCACCAGGACCUCAGCGACAAGGAGAUCCAGAAAGGCGACAGUCGUUUGGAGGCCCUGGCUGUGGACGGAGCUGGGAAGACUGGGACUGAGCAGGCUCAGCCCCCUGAGGGCAGGGGAGAGCAGGAGCAGGAGCAGGAGGAGGAGGAGAUGGCAGGGGCCCCUCGAGGCCCCUUCCCGGGCGGGAAGAGCGGGGAGCUGGAGCAGGAGGAGGAGCGGCUCUCUAGGGAGUGGGAGGACGCCAAGCGCUGGAGCAAGAUGGACCAGCUGGCCAAGGAGCUGGCAGCUGAGAAGCGGCUGGAGGGGGAGGACGAGGAGGAUGACCCCGACCACUCCAUGAAGCUCUCCUUCCGGGCCCCGGCCUACGGCUUCCGGGGCCCUGGGCCACAGCUUCGACGAGGCUGGAGGCCGUCCUCCCGGGAGGACAGCAUCGAGGCCAGCUUGCCCCUCCAGAGCCGAGGCUUCCCUGAGGAGAAGAAGGAAGAGGAGGGCAGUGCCAACCGCAGAGCAGAGGUAGCCUGGGUGCACCAUCCUCCCGGAUUGAGGCCCACGGUGGCAGAGCGGGCACGGAGCCAGCUGGCCCGGGGUGUGGACCAGGAGCUGGAGAGCCUGUCAGCCAUCGAGGCAGAGCUGGAGAAGGUGGCCCACCAGCUGCAGGCACUGCGGAGGGGCUGAGGCACUGGGGGAGGGGCAGCCAGGGCCUCAAGCUGCCCCAUGGCCCUGGCUCCGCUGACCCCUCCGCAGUGCCUGGCCAGACAGGCCGGACGCUGCU